GACUGGGCGAAAUGAUGAUUCUUCGCGUUUGAGCUGCUAGCAACUAUGGGCUAUAGCCGAGUAUUCUAGAUGACAUGCAACUAAAUAACGGGGUACUAAUUCCAUCCCGUGCACCAGAUCUUUUAACGAACUGUUUUGUCGUUUCAUCCAAAACUUGCGGAACUGGUCUUGUACCACUUGAGACACUUUAGUCGAACUCAAACUCAGGUCCUGUCAUUCUUAACGUCUGAUCUCGAAUUCUGUAGCACAUUAAGUUAGAUUCUUAUCGAAAUUUACAUCAAACCCUUGGGUUUUCUGUACGCCUGGAUAGAGCGGCCGAGCCCUUGAACUUUGAGAUUCUUAAAGCAAGCACGUCACUCUAUACUACACUACCUAUAUCGAAACAGUCGUUGUAGCGAUAUUUUAACGAAAUCUUAAACCAUGGCGACUGUAGCGGCAGGGUCUCAGGCCGGCCAUGACACCUUCGACGCACUCAAUAUCGAGUACGAAAAAGCUUAUCGCGACAACCCCUUCAAGGUUGCGGCGAUUAAGAAAGCUAUAACUUUGCUAGACCCCGGAUCAAAAGUUCUCGACGUAGGAUGCGGUACUGGGGUACCAGUUUCGGAAUUAUUGGCUGAAGCCGGACUAGAAGUGAUUGGUUUCGAUAUCGCACCCAAGAUGGUUGAAUUUGCUCAAAAGAGAGUCAAGGGUACCUUUUCUGUGUCAGACAUGGUACGAUUCCAGGUUGAAGAUACGUUUUCGGGCGUCUUUAUGAUAUUUGCACAUUUGCAACUUUCGUAUCCAGCUGUUCAUGCGGCAGUGUACAAGUACGUCAGCGCAUUGACGCCGGGAGGGAUAUUUGUUCUGGGUCAGAUGCCGAGUGAUACGUACGUCAACGACGAAGAUAACGCAGCAUAUGAUGAAACGAGAACAUAUGUGGAGGAUUACGAUGCGCCAUUUAUGGGAGAACCACUUCCGACCUUCAUGAUGAGUGAGCAAGGACAAAGGAACUUUUUGACAAGUAUGGGACUGGAGAUCGUGAGCGAGACGAUUGAUCAAUUUCAACCGGAUAAUGAAAAAUGUGAGCCGGAAAUGCAGCAAUAUAUCAUUGCGAGAAGACCUGUGGAUGGGAAGAUUGUGGAGCCACAGCCACUCCCACAGAGGAAGUAGCCACUUCGUGCUACAUAUAAUAAAAAUUUGUAUACCGAACAAAAAGUAGAUGUUGGGGGCCAGAGAUAUAUCAAGUGUGUGAUCUAGGUAAACCUCUCGUCAAUAAUUAAUGAAGACUUCCAAGCACCCCGUCGACCUACUCCAUGUGGCAUAUUGUUUGGUCGAGCGAAUUUUGAAUCCCUGGAAGUUUUUGGAAGUAUGGCAAAUUCUGUCUCUAGGGAGACGAUGGAUUGAAUUCAAAUCCAAGUAUCCGCAAUAGAAGACAGCUUGAAUAGAGAGUCUGGCUUUGCAAAGCAUAUAUAGUUUUGAAAUAGAGCUCACUCUGCCACAUACGACCAUAGACUGAGGAAUAUAGGGCAUCCCGUCCGCUCUGCCAUACUCAAGCCUCAGAUCGGUAGAUUAGUAGUUGGGUGGGUGACCACCAGCGAAUCCCUACUGUUGUAUGUUUUCGACUUUUUUAUUGUUAAUCCUGCUUUUGAUUUUGUCA